GACGCCCCGGGUUCAGAGGUUCAUGCAAGCUGUGGGAGCUCGCCAAUUUACUCUGUUAUCAGCUCUUAACUACCUAGGGACCGAGAACCGUGGAGGGAAACGGGUUGUUCCAAAAAGAAACCGUCAUUUGGUCGGAGAGGUAGACUUAAUAGUGAACAGCACAGAGGUAACACAACAACUGAUUUCAAGGAAGCAACUAUUGGCCGCUCAAGCAGCCUAUGUAACGACGAGGCAAGGCAUUAUAUCAUAAUUAUAUAUGGAAAUAUCAAUACUGUCACCGUGCAAGUGACAUAGUCCAAUAAUGUUUGAUAAUUCGCAGUAUCCGUAUAACUGUUUCAAUUAUGACGGAGAUGGAUAUCCCACUUGUAGUACUGAGGAAGAGAAGAAAAUGUGCCGACCUGCUUACAGUUACAUCGCACUUAUCGCAAUGGCCAUUCAGCAGAGCCCAGAGAACAGAGUCACUUUAUCGGGCAUAUAUGAGUUCAUAAUGAAGAGGUUUCCUUACUACAGGUCUAACCAGAGAGCUUGGCAAAACUCUAUUCGACAUAACCUGUCCCUCAACAGCUGUUUCAUAAAGGUUCCCAGGACGGAGGGCAAUGAGAAAGGGAAAGGUAACUACUGGACAUUUGCCACAGGUUGUGAGUCCAUGCUGGAUCUCUUUGAGAACGGCAACUUUCGGCGCCGCCGGCGCAGGCGCAAUGUGAAGAUGGGCUUCCGGGAGCCGGCCGAGCCUUUCUUACCCGUGGACGGCCCGCAUGGGCCCGCGGUCAGGCAGCUGGACACCGACCCCUUCUACCCGACCGACCCAAGCCACAGGCAGGCCCAGCUCAACCCAUCCCUGGGAAAACCCGACUCGGAGAUCAAGUUCAGCAUCGACUACAUCCUCUCCACCCCAGACCCCCUCCCUGGCUUCAGACCCCCUCUCUGUAGUGCUCCGGGAGCUUCAGUUCACCUUCUGGAGCCGCAGCACCUCAAUCUGCACUUCUGGACAAUGUGACCCUAACUGCAGUCUGGGAGGCCCUAUAUUUUUUUAAGGGGGAACAGACCACUGGAGCCGACUCAGUCUGUUCAUCCUAAAGAUUCCAUUUUCAUGGGGAAUAUUACAGAUUUUUGUUCCGGGGAAAAAACGAUAGUGAAAUAUAGAAUGGACUUUCUCACUGUGUUCCUAAAGCAUCUCACAAAAGCAUAUUUCUGCGUGCUGCCUUUUAGUGGCCAAGCAGUUUAUGCAUUUGAAACUUGACUGUAAAAAUACAGUAUGUAUAUCUGAGGCUGGCCGUGUAGAUGAACAAACAAGAACUUGUGGUGUUGCUCAUAUUAGAAGGGAGAUGUCAGCCUGUGCACAAACAAGUUCAUACUUCUCUCUGCUCAGGACAGAUAUGGUUGGAAAUUACUGCAUGUUUCUCUCCUUCAUGCAAUGUAUCAAUCAAGAAUACUGCUGUGGCUAAGGUAGGCCUGACACUUACGGACAUAGUGAUCGUUUUAAAUAUUAGUCCCAUCUGCUUUUAAAAUUCUGCUUAUGUAGUUUGUAGGUUCUAAAGAGAAAAGAAUAGCACCAUUUCAAAUGGUGUAAGACAAAAGGUGUAAAACACUUGUACCAAACAAAUAAUAUGCAAAAUAAUCUGCCAUAAGGAUAUUCUGCAGCUUCUCACAUAUUCAUUUCACCUGGUCAGUUUCCCCUUUUGAUGUAAAUCUUUCCUUAACUGCAAAACCAGUUUCCAAAGGGUCUGCAGUGGCUACAUGAGUGAUGAAAUGUAGCAUUAUUUUGAGGUAAAGUAAUAAAAAAAAUCUGUCUGACAGUCAAGGGGAAAAAUCUAUAUGCCAGUAAAUGGCCUUUUUAUUGGGGAAUGGAUAAUGUCAUUUAAUGAGCUCUCCAGAAGUUGAUGUGCUUUUGCAAUAUUUGAGGCAAUGCUACCAUCAUCAUAGUUUAUUGUUCUGGAACCUGCAUGAUGUACAGAUAUGUAAAGCUCAACAUUUAGCCUCAUAGGUGUAUAUUAUCAAGUCACAAACAGUUUCAGUGAUGGAGAAUCAAUGUUAAUCAUCUAGUUCUGGAUUAUGGUGAAAAUAAUUAACAAAUCAUGUAAAAUGGACAAUGUGGAAACAAAAUCUGACUUCUGUUGUACUGUGUAUGAACAAUAAAACAAAUAAAGUCUUGAACAUUUGCACCAAGAA